AUGCCUGUCACUAAAUUCACCCAUAAGGACCCUUACACUUACCAGACUGGGUUUAAUUCCUACCACGAGUCUGAAUCUAUCAAGGGAGCCCUUCCAAUCGGUCAGAAUUCGCCGCAAAAAGCCCCAUAUGGUUUGUAUACCGAAAAGCUAUCUGGAACUGCUUUUACAGCUCCUCGUCAUGAGAAUCAGCAAACUUGGGUCUAUAGAGUACUCCCAGGCUCUUCUCAUGAGAAAUUUGUAGUUGAGGAUGCCGAUUCGUAUCACACGAGUAUGACUACUGAGACCCAUAAGCUACAUCACAUCCCCAACCAGCUACGAUGGAAUCCAUUCGAUUUGGAUGAGACAGUCGACUGGGUGCAUGGUUUGCACUUGAUUGCUGGAGCAGGAGAUCCAACGCUGAAGCAAGGAUUGGGUAUCCUACUCUAUGCGGUAGGCAAAGAUAUGGGCAAAGAAGCCUUUUACUCUGCCGAUGGCGACUUCCUCAUUGUGCCGCAACAUGGUGUGCUAGACAUCCAAACAGAACUCGGCCGUAUUCUGUUACGGCCGAAUGAGAUCGCUGUUCUCCCACGGGGUGUCAGAUACCGUGUUACACUCCCAGCCGGCCCUGUGCGAGGGUAUAUAUGUGAAUUAUACCAAGGUCACUUCCAACUACCCGAGCUAGGUCCAAUUGGAUCAAACUGCCUCGCCAAUACCCGUGACUUUCAAGCUCCAAUCGCUUCCUUCGAUGACGAAGAAGAACCGACCGAGUACAAGCUAUUCAGCAAGUUUAACAACUCCCUCUUCUCAGCACGCCAGAAUCACACUCCAUUUGACAUUGUCGCCUGGCAUGGAAACUACUAUCCGUAUAAGUAUGAUCUAGGCCGAUUCAACACCGUCGGAUCUAUAUCCUUCGACCACCCCGACCCUUCAAUAUUCACCGUACUAACUGGCCCUUCCGACCACACUGGAACCGCAAUUGCGGACUUCGUCAUCUUCCCACCUCGCUGGCUCGUUGCUGAAAAUACAUUUCGUCCACCAUGGUUCCACCGCAACACGAUGUCGGAGUUUAUGGGUCUGAUCAGUGGAAGUUAUGAUGCAAAAACGGGAGGUGGUUUUCAGCCUGCUGGUGCCAGUCUGCAUAAUGUUAUGAGUGCUCAUGGGCCAGAUGCAAAUGCAUUUGAGGGUGCUAGCAAUGCUGAGUUGAAACCGGUCAAGGUUGGCGAUGGUAGUUUGGCUUUUAUGUUUGAGAGUUCACUCAUGGUUGGUGUCUCUGAAUGGGGCUUGAAGACUUGUGAGAAAGUACAGACUGAGUAUAACGAGCAUAGCUGGACACAUUUGAAACGCCACUUUGUCAACCCAAAUAAAUCUUGA